AUGGGGCGUUCUCUGCUUUUGGCUCAACGAUGGCCGUUUCCGGCGAUAUUCGGCUCUGUUCGGAUCGUCGCGGACGGCGCUCGCGAUCGUGGCCAGGACGAGCGGGACGACGUGCACGCCGCGUCCAAACGCGUCCCGAAACUGCCCAAACAGGCGCGUCGCGUAUCACGUGCACCUCCCUUCCCACGACAUGACGCUUGGAUGCAUUCGGCCAACCGCAUCCGGUCGUACAGCGAGCGUGCGGCUACGGAGAGAACCUCUCACCACCCGCGGGAGGAAGCUGCCCCGGAGAUCGUCGCCAGCCCAGUGUCAAACCCUUCCCUAUUCGAAGGCGUUGUCCUGACUCAGAUGUGGCGUCCAACGGCGUGGAUGUCCCAUGUGCAAUCCCGUCCCGCAUUCUGUCUACCUUUUCAGAGUUAG